CGAUGGUUGUUCAAAUUAACAAAGCAAUCUACCCUGGAGGUCAUCCUGUAGCAACCGAACAUGCCCUUAGUAAGAAAGGAUGAAUGCUGGGCAGUAGAGGCAGCAGCGUGUGCUGUGCUUGUGCCUCUGGCUGGCCAGCCCAUGGCGCGGUGGGAAAACGGCAGCGGCUGGAAAUGCGUCGGGCCGGCUGGGGGCGAGAGGACGGCACAGAUGAACUGCAGCUCUGCUGGAACCCAUCUCUGGGGUGCACGCACGCGGCCGCGGGACGACCACGUCGCCAAGCUGGGCAGUUCGGCAAAUCCUACGUUCGGGGGGAGAUUAUGGUGAGUGGCUGGCCUGGUUUCUGGUUUGGUUUGGCCGCAAGUCCUCCUCCACCAGACCAAAAACAGAGGCCCCGGCAUACCGGAACUGGAAGUCGUUGAGGUUGUUUGACAGUUCACUAUAUAUAUGCUCCCGUCCCGUCCUUGUCCCGGACGCUCCACUCACGAUCACAACCACAAUCACAUCAGGAAAGCAAGCACCCAACCCGCAAGUCAGAAUGCGGUUGACGCUCAGCCCUGCGAGGACGACGGCGAGGAAAGCCGCGGCGCCGACCGCGGCAGCGCACGCGCGGUCCGCGAGCGAGCCGUGCCACCCGGCGCUCGCACGCCUCCACGGCACCGUCCGCGCGCUCAGGGCGUGGUCCAGGUCCUGCGGCAGCGGUAGCGGCAGAGCCGUGGACGGCCUCGCGCUCCUGGAGGCCGUCCUGGCCGCGCUCGGCGACCUGCUGGCCACGCCGCGCGCCGCGGCGGCGAUCCACCACGCCGCCGACGACGACCAGGUCCUCGACGGCCUCCUCGUGCUCGCGGACGCGUACGGCACGUUCGAGUCGGCGCUGCUCGCGGCGAAGCAGACGCUAGCGGACGCGCAGGCCGGCGCCCGCCGCGGGGACGGCGCGGUGGUCGCCGCGUCGGUGCGCGCGCACAGGCGGACCGAGAAGGAGCUGCACCGCCUCGCCGCCACGAUGCGGCACGCCGCCUCGAGGCGUGCGGCGCCGGUGCCCAGCGUGGUAGCGGACGCCACGGACACUGAAGUGGUCAUUGUGGUGGCAGAGGCGACCGUGGCCGCGGCGGAGGCCUCGGCGAUCGUCUUCUCCGGGUGCGCGGACAUGUCGCCGGACGUGUCGGCCAUGGUACGAACGGUGCCUUCGCACAAGUGGCUGGCGAGGCUGGGCGUCGCACCGGGGGGCACGAAAGUAGCGCCGGAGAUGGCGCCAGCGGCAUUGCAAAGGCUGGAGGAGCUAGAGGGCCGCAUUGCCGGGCUGGAGAGCGAGAGCCAGAAGGUGUUCAGGAGGCUGCUGCAGGCUAGAGUUCUGCUCCUCAACAUCCAUAACCCAUUGUAAUUAC